AUGGUUUUUGAAGGAAAAUUCAAGGGGCCUUGUGUUCUGAUCCAGCAGGCAAUGCAAGAAGUAGAGGCAGUCUUAUUGGCUCAAGAAAAGCAAAGAGAGAAUCAAACAAGUCCUACAAAGAUGAUAAGAACAGUGUGGAAACCCCCAAGUCCUGGCUAUCUGAAGGUAAAUGUGAAUGCAGCCGUGGAUUCCAAGAGAGGAAAGGUGGGAAUUGGUGUUGUAGUGAGGGACUUCAGAGGAGAGGUCCAUGUGGUAGUUGCUGUCCCCAGACAGGUAACUAAGAGUGCUAGUGCAGCUGAGAGUCUGGCCAUGCUUCAUGCAACUCUUCUGUGCAGUGAACUAGGAAUCAAACAGGUGCCGUUGGAAGGUGAUGCAAAAGUGGUAGUGGAAGCAAUCAAUUCCAGUUCAUACAACUCCUCAUGGGAUGGACAGGUGAUAGAGGACAUCAAAGCUGUGGUGCACGCCCAGCUAGGGUGGUCUGUGACUUUUGUGGGAAGAGAUGGCAACAGAGCAGCACAUGCAACUGCGAAGUUAGCUCUCUCCUUAAGUACCGAGUGUGUGUGGAUGGAGGAGGUACCAACUGAGGUCCUCCCAGCUGUUGUAUUGGACUUGCCUAGCUUUGUAAUGUCAGUUUAA